AUGAGAACCAGUCAUGGAGCACUACUCCUUGCUGUUGCCAUGGUGAUGGCCAUGCUGUCAACAGGGAUCUGCACCACGCCAGCGCCAGCGCCGGGCAUGGAGGAGUUCCCGCCAGAGUAUAGGUGCUCGAAGGUCCUCUACCCCAGCGGCUGCAACGAUAAGACGUUGACGACGUGCGAAAACAAAUGCUUCAACCAGCUAAAGGGCGACGGGUUGUGCAUCCGCGGGGCAUGCCAGUGUUCCUACAUGUGCAAGCCGCCGCCCGUCAAAUCCAGUACUAAUUCCCUAACAUCUGACAUCACAGCUAGGUUUCUUCCACCCUGGAUCCACCCACAUUGGUCAUACAUAUCUGGUAAAUAUUGGAGCAAUGGCUCUCCCAAGGCAGAUGGACCGGUUUCGCAGAUCCUAGCAAAGAUUGAGGAGGGAAAUCGAGAGACACAACGCAUGAUGGAAGAGUCGAAGGUUUCUCUGCAACUGCAAUCCAUAGAGGAUUCAAUGGAGAAGCUCACUGCCAACCAGGGUAAGGUGGAGUGGAAGCCCGACGUCGACAAGAAGGUGGACGAGCUCCGCGACGCCAUGUUCAAUUCGGGAAGAAGAUGGACCUGUUCAGUGUUCAUGGGAAAGUUUCCCACGAGUUGA